CGUCUUCGAGAGAACAAGCGAACGAUUUCGUGCGAUACCAUCGAUCUUGGCGAAAGUUUCUCCAGAAAAAGUAUACCUUGAUUUACCCGAAUUUUUCAACUUAUUCUCCCUCAUAAAUCUAUUUUAUCGUUCGCUUCUCUCAUCUUUCCGACUUCUCCUUCGUUGUUUUAAUUUUAAUUCGGCAAAAUUUAGCAAUCCUAAUUGUUCGUAACUAUAAUUGGUGAAAUUGGCCGAGGCAUCGAUUCGCGAGUGGCAAACGAACGACCGGUUUUAGCGUGAAUUUAGAGCGAACGAGAAGUAGCCGAUAUGACGGCAUAAAUUACUACGGAGUGGCUCACUUCCAUCCAAGGCUUUUCUACAGAGACACGGGAAUGUUCUCCGUGAGUGGAAAGCAACAAGUAUGCCAGCUGUUCUUCGUCCAAGUCAUCCUAAUCGUCCUAAUGGGCGCGUUGAUGACGUACGGACCCGAGCCGGACGCUAAUUCGCUAAAAAAUCACGGACAGACAGGCGACCACGGCCGGAAGCACGUCAAGAAACCGGAUACGGACCCGUUACGAGUUUAUCCGAUGUAUCAAGAUGUCCACGUGAUGAUCUGGAUCGGAUUCGGCUUCCUGAUGACGUUUCUAAGAAGAUACGGACAAAGCGCGAUUGGACUGACGUUCCUACUCGGCGCUAUUUUGAUCCAGGUUGCCAUGAUCUGCGAGGGAGUGACGAAUUUCCAGAUAGACAACGCGUCUCCCUUGUCGUUAAAAAGCCUGCUGAACGCGGACGUUGCGGUGGCCACGCCGUUGAUAUCCAUGGGCGCUUUGCUGGGUAAGACGACCUACAUGCAGCUCGUAUUCAUGGGCAUUUUCGAGCUGAUCAUGUUCACCGUGAACAAGUACGUGGGAGAGCAUCUGCUCAUGGCCGUCGAUGCAGGCGAUAGCAUGUUUGUCCAUGCGUUCGGAGCAUAUUUUGGACUUGCCGUCAGUUUCGUAUUUGGAAUGAAGGACAAGCCUAAGGAACAUAAUCUCGAGGGAGCAUCCUACAACUCUGACAUUUUCGCGAUGAUUGGCACCGUGUUCCUGUGGUUGUUCUGGCCAUCGUUCAACAGCGCCGCUCUGCAAGGAGACGAUCAGCAAAGGGCCAUUAUAAACACUCUUCUGUCCAUCUCGUCCAGCUGUGUGAUCGCUUUCGCGACCUCCGCCCUAGUCUCCAAGGAUAACAAAUUCAACAUGGUACACGUGCAGAAUUCGACGUUGGCCGGCGGUGUAGCCAUCGGCACCGCAGCAGGCAUGAUGUGCAAACCAGUGGGUGCUUUGGCCGUGGGUGCUCUAGCCGGGCUACUCAGCGUAUUAGGAUACAAAUAUCUCACGCCGCUGAUCCAAAAACGUCUGAGGAUUCAUGACACGUGCGGCGUGCACAAUCUCCACGGCAUGCCCGGCGUUUUAGGUGGUAUCUUUGGCGCACUGAUGGCAGGCCUCGCCACUGAAGCCUCUUACGAUUAUUCCCUUUACGAGAUCUUCCCCGCGCGAGCACCAAACUCUGAAGCAAAGUUGGCCGAGAUGAGAGACAAUUAUGGUAUAUCAGCUGGCUCUAACAGAACAGCAGGGGAACAGGCUGGCUAUCAAUUAUUAGUACUAGUAAUUACAGUGGGAAUAGCCAUCGUUUCAGGAUUAGUAACAGGUUUAAUGAUGCGGAUGUCGCUCUGCAGUUUGAUUUCCGAGGAGCAAAAGUUCGACGAUGAAGCCAAUUGGGAAUUGGAAGAGGAAGCCACGCAGGAGUCGAAAAUCAAGGAAGGCAACAGCUAUGGCGGCGACCAAUUACCGAUGGCCCAUAUCUGAGACGAGUCCUUGUUAUCAACAACAGCAAAAAUAUUACGCUUGCACGUGAAUGCAAAUAAAUGACAAAAAUAGAACCCUGAACUUAGGAAAACUUGUAAAAUUUAUUAAACAAUUUGUUAAACAUUACAUAUACGACGCAUUUUCACUGGUGCAACAAUAUUCUUGCAAGAGGAACGGUCAAUUUAUAUGCUACGUAUUCAACAAGUGGCAGGAAACUGAAAAAUCAAUAUUACAGACAGAGCAUA